UCCACCCCUCCCCAAAACCAACCCGAAAACCAACAACCACAAAAAGACUCCCAAUUCCCCCAACGCCCCCUAAAACUCCUCCUCGCAGGCACAACCUUCCUAACCCUCUCAUUAUACCUAACUCGCCGCGCCUUACGCUCCCGCCGCCUAACCUCCAUCCCCCCCUACUACACCUCCUCCACCUACCACCACCCCCCUGUCAACGGCGCGCUUGACGCCUUCGAAGCAUUCAAUCUAGCGACGAUUAACGUGGUAUCGUUCGCGAUGGUGGGUACCGGAGGUGUGAUGUGGAAAUUGGGGGUUAAUGAUGUUGAGGAUGCAAGGAGGAUUACGAGACGGUUUAUUGUGGAGGAGGGGACUGGGCAGGGGGAUGCCGAGGCGGAGAAGGCGAUUGAGAGGUGGGUUGUUGAGACGUUGGGGUUGAAGGGGUAUGAGGAGAAGAAG